CUGAGAAGCCAAUGAUUUCAUAUACCACAAUCACUGAACUCCCUCCAGGAAGAAGAAGUGUAUUUCUUAAGUGGAAGACAACACAAAACAGGAACGUCAUUGGAUACUAUGUUAAUGUUGAGAGGAUACCCAACAGUUGCAACAAACCACCAAGUCACAUCAGCCUGACAGAAGAGAAACUGCAUCUAAAUCUCUCCAUGGCUUAUUAUAGGCUAAAUAUUUCUGCCUAUAAUGCAGCAGGAGAAUCUCCACAGACCACUUAUAUUGUUCCAAAUUUCACUACAACAGUGCUGGGCCAACUCAAUGCCAUACCACAGGGAAAUAAUACUGUUAUCACCUGGACUCCAGAAUACAAUCCACAAUGUUUUAUAGUUGACUGGGGCACCGGUAAAGAAGAUAUGCACAUGAAAAUAAUCACUAAGCCAGUGGAAAAUUUCACACUAGGCCAUCUGCAACCAUAUGUACUGUACAAAAUAAUGGUUCAUGCAUCUGAUACAUGUCAAUGCGAAAAUUUCAUGAGACAUGAAAGGACAUUUGGAGCCACUCGCUUCUACUCAGUUGAAGGAGUUCCUCAAAUAGGACCGGCCAAUGUGACAUUUUCCAAUGUCAGGAAACAUUCUGCUCUUGUGAGAUGGACUGCAAUACCUGCAGAAGACUGUCUGGGCUUCCUUCAAGGAUAUAGGAUCAACUGCACAGACACAAUGAAAACAACAUCUCUGGCUGUUACCGUCAAUUAUUCUACUACUAGUUACCUGCUACAGGGACUUAAAGAAAAAACUGUCUAUCGAGUACAGAUUUCAGGAAUCACAUCUGCAGGAGAAGGAAGCCAAAGCCAGCCCCAAUCCUUCAGUACAUUGAAAUAUGACACAGGAGAAUUUGAAGGCAUUGUGACUGCCCUUUGUCUUGGCAUCAUGUUCACCAUGAUUUUUAUACCUAUUAUUUGUUCUUUGAUGCUUAGAAGGUCAAAAAGACAGUGUUGGCCAAGUGUACCAAAUCCAAGAAACAGUAGCACCAUCCAAGAAAUGGCAAGAACCAAUCCAGAGGAUACUCUGGGACCCAUUUCAAUAUCAUUACUUCAAAUACAAUCUGACAAUGACACUACCAGUCUUCAUGUCAUAGAAUGGGAGUCAAAGGCUUCUUGGGAACUGGAGCCCUUUGAGGGCACAAAGGAAGACAGUGAGCCUGAUAAGAGCCAGUUUGAAGUGGCUAGAGGUAGCCCAGACACCAGUGCAAAUGCUUCAAAAAUCAGUGAAAAAGAGACUGCAGCUGAGAAGGAAAGAGCCAGCUCUACUAUCAGGACACCCCUCCUGAGUGACUACACAAAUGUGGAAUUCAGUCAAAAAGCCAUGUUAAACCUGAUAAUGAAUCAUCCUGCAAAGUCUGCCUCUCCUCAUAUGGAAACUAAACUAAAUAAUGAAGAAAAUGCAAAACAACACUUUCUAUUUGUUCCUCAAGACUAUGUGAAACAAAACCAAGUAGUGUUUAUGCCAACAGGACCAACACUAGUAGAAACAGUCACAUGUUGGAAUUGAAGCCUCUCAAUGUCUCCCUAUACUACCAAGGGUGAACCAAGCUUUGGCUGCUUGGAAAGUGAAGUUAGGAUGCUAUGCUACAGUGAUUCUAUUAAGAUGGCAACAUGGGCAAAUCAAGGAUUUUGAAAAGAAGGGUCCAGAUGUUGUGGCAUAUCAUCACAUAGAACACUUUUUUUCGACAAUUAAAGAAAAGCUAGAAGCUUUAUUAAUUUACUAGGGCCCUAGCAUUAUAUUAUUCAGUUUAAGAUCCAAGCAAAAAUAAAUAUAACUGAACUGGAAUGUGCUCUAAUUUGCUAGAUUAUACGUUACAUUUAAAAAAAAGUCAAACUAGGCAAAAACAGUGAAAAGAUAUUGUUUCAGGAAUCUUGUAGUACAUGUCUUAUUCAGAUUCAUAAAAGAAAAAAAAUGUAGUCGUCUUGAGUAUCUUGACAGUGUCUCCAAUAUUUCAAUGUCACUGAGUCAAUGUUCACUUGAGUAAAUAUUACCACACCUAAGAUUUUUAACCAGAGCUAAAACACUCUGCAGGGUGAAAUAAAAGAGAGAAAUUACCAGGCCCAAAGAAAGGAAAGCUUGAAUAGUGGAACAUCGAGACCAUUAGAAAAGACAGAGGGUUGUUAACACCUGUAGAGUGAAGAGAGAUUAGCAGAAACCCAGUAUGAGCUAUCAUUCACUUAUAAUUCAAUCAUCUCAGUACUGUCUGAAUAGAAAUGCCAUUGCCCUUCCUAGGCAAUUGGUUUUAAAGUUUGGGUAAAACAGGAAUGAAAAGACCACUGCA